AUGGCUGCGGUGAACGGGAAGAUGGACGACGUGUUUGUGAUGAACGAGACUAGUGUCCACGCGGCGAUGCAACUGCGAAUCACACUUGCUGUGAUUGCUUCGAUUCUUACACACAGCGAGCGUGCCGAGAAACUGUGCCGCCUCGCGUAUGCCGGCCUGUUCGCCCUUUUCCUGAUGCUGUUCGCGUACUUCGUGGCCAGCGCAUUGAGCUCGAGCACCAGCGUGCGCGUGCGCACUGAGGCGGGACUCGUCAGCGGCCAGCAGCACUGGGUGCUGGGGAAGAGCGUGUACCACUACCUGGGCCUCCCGUACGCUUCCAAGCCCGCCCGGUUUCAACGCGCCUCUCCAAUGGACCUGCUCCAGCCCAACAAUGUCGUUAUGCAGCACCCAAACAUCCGGUGUAUGCAGCCGGUCGGAAAUUGGCCGAACGUUACGUGGCCGAAGUCUGCGGAGCUCGCAUACGGACCAGCGUCCAAGACACGGUACAGCGAGGACUGCCUUUACCUCAACGUGUGGAGCCCCGUCCAACCCUGCGAUCACACGAGCAGCUCGUGUGGCCCUUCCGCCCCUGUGCUCGUGGUGCUAUUCAGCAAGCGUUUCUUUCAGGGAGGCGCCGACUGGUACGACGGCUCGCUGCUCGCAAGUCUGGGCGGCAUCGUUGUCGUGGCGCCGAAUUUCCGCCUUGGACCCCUAGCUGUACCAUUGAAAGAAAACGAACUCAAAGACAUGCCGUUGCUGUCGCUGGCGGACCAGUUGCUCGCGAUAAAGUGGACGUGGCAUAACAUCAAGCAUUUCGGUGGAAACAGCAGCCAUAUAAACGUGCUGGGCGCUGGAGGCGGAGCUUGGACCGUUGGCGAGAUGCUGUUUUCGAAUCGCGAAAGCGUUCGCGACAUCAUCCAGCGUGUCAUCCUUCAUGGGGGUUCACCGCUGCAAAGGUACGCUCCAUUUCGGCCUUACCUUGUGGAGAAGGCGUUGAGAUGCGGGCCAGGUUCCACCGUAUGCCUAGACAUCGCGGACGCUUCGCAGCUGGCUGACCUCGCCUCGCAGCGUCUCCUUGGCCCACCAGCAUCAAUUACAGCGGCUGAAGCGAGACCAGGCAGCCGCUUCGAGAUCCUGGUGGGCUACGCGGCUGGUGAAGGAAGAAAGCUGUCUUUCGACCUUGUGCACGACAUCGUCGGGGACGAUGGCAAUGACGAAAGCUCCGAAGUAUGGGGCUCGCCAUACAAGCGAACAAAAGAAAUAGAAAUGAGCGGACAGCAGCUUGCGAAACUGGGGGAUUACCUGGGCCUCACGGACCUCGCUGCGCCCUAUUUUCAUCUGCGGGAGAACAGUGCCCCUGGCAGCAACAUUUGGCCGGCCUUCAUAGAAGACCUUCUUGUCCGCUGCCCCAUAGAGCUAUUCAGCGAUCUCUACCACUCCAUGUACGCCACUGUCUACGGAUUUGUUUACGAAGGCGAGUCCGAGUAUCCAUGGAAUGUGGCUGAGAGAUCGUUUCCGGAUUUGGACCUUCUGUUUGGCGUGCCACUGAUAUCCUCAGACCCUGUGUACCCCGAGCACAUGAAACAAACAAGCCUUAAAUUUAUGAGGGUGUGGUCCACCUUCAUAAAAACAGGGAGGCUGCCGACCGUCAAUGGCAACCCGUGGCCAGUCAUGAUUGAGGACUCGCGGUGGACGGCAACCUCAGUCAUCAUUCGAGAUGGCAUGAAGCUCUCCGCUCCCACACGAUUCGUUCAGAAGAGGUGCGAACUGAUCGACGCCAUCCUGAUGAAGGCCGUCAAAGAGCCGGGCAGCGAUUCCAACGACUUCGCCACGGAAAAAGACUAACGCUAUCCUGAGCCAGUGCGAAGAAAUAUUUUGCAUAAGUUAAUCAUUUAUUAUCUAGCGGUCUUACAAAAGAACGAGGCAUUAUUCGGGAAGUAUUUCUUCUGAACCCCCUCCCUUUCUUUUUUGGGUAUAUAACAUAUUUGGCAUUCAGCAAGUGGGCUGGCAGGGAGUCAUUUAAAAUGCUUUAGGCGGCCAUAUCUUCUAAACAGUCGCAGGUUGUGUGAAUGGUCACAGAUUUACUCUCGAGUGACCGCAUGAAGACGAUACGGCCAGUGCGGUUUUAAUGAGUGCUUUAGAUCUGUAAAAGUAUAAGUGACAACUAACGAAAUAAAAAAUACACGCCGAGACGAAUUGAAUAGAGCUUGUUAAGCAAAACAAAUAUGAACUAAAAAGAUAGCAAAUAGUGACGUUUCACAAAAGUUCUCAGUUUCUUAUGCUUUUUUCUUGUGCGUGUAAGUUUUGCAUUUGCCGUAGCUUUGACAUUCCCUAAAAUUUAUUAUAUGUACGCACUCUGUAUGUAGCCUAUAUUCUACGGUCCUUUCAUAUCAUAAUGUGCUUUGCCAUUAAUAUAACAAGGGCACUGUUGUAAUCUUUACAAGUGCUAGGCUUUUGUGGUAUAGAGGAGCGCCAAGGCACUGCGUCGUUUUCUCAUAUCUGCUUAUGUACGUUCUAUCUAUUGCAUAAUCCUUAACGCGGGAAGGUUUUGUGUCGUUCUUCGUGAAAAUUGCAAGCCAGCUCUUGCUUCUUUUUCAUCCGAUUGUUCUUGCUUCAUAAAAUUGUGACAAUUAUUACUAAUAGUAAAAAUUAUUGUUAU